GGAGGGUCCUAGAAGAAGAAUUAGGACAAUUUUUCUAUAGGAAAAAAAGAAGAAAUCAAAACUGUCAAAGAUGCCACCACUUCCUUCAACAAGGCUCUCUUUCCCUCUAAACUCUCCACUCUUCUACCUUCUUCCAUCCACCUCUCUCUUCCCAAACCUCAUCAUCACCACCACCACCAACAAGAACAAAUUUUUAAUCCCCACCAUGUCCUUCUCCUCCUCUUCUCCAUCAUCCUCUUCACCCUCUUCAAUUUCCAACCCUAAAGAGCCAGAACACCCACGAGACCCAGAAGACCAGGAGCUCCUUUUGCAGCAGGCCCUCAAGUACCACAACCAGACCAAGCAUCAUUUCACCAAAUACGCCAGAGGCCCUCAUGGCCUCGACUGGGCCAACCAGCCCAACCCAUUCCGCAGGUACGUCUCUGCUCCUCUCUUACCUCUCCUGCACUUCCCUACGGAGAAUCAAAACCCAAACUCUUCUUCUACUCAAGACCCUCUGUAUUCUUCUCUGUUCCUGAAUCUCCCUCCUCCAAAACCCAUCUCCAAAUCCACCAUUUCUCAGUUUUUCUACGAUUCUUUAGCUCUCUCAGCUUGGAAAACUGCUGGGUUUUCAACCUGGUCGCUUAGAGUUAAUCCCAGCAGUGGUAAUUUACACCCUACUGAGGCCUAUAUCAUUUCACCCCCAAUAGAAUCGUUGUCUGAUUCGAGUUUCGUAGCGCAUUACGCUCCAAAAGAGCAUGCUUUGGAGCUUAGAGCUGAAAUCCCAUCUUGGGUUUUCACCAAUUUCUUACCCAAGGACUCGUUUCUCAUUGGGUUGUCAUCGAUUUUUUGGCGCGAGGCCUGGAAAUAUGGAGAGCGCGCAUUUCGGUAUUGCAAUCACGAUGUGGGUCACGCUAUUGCUGCGGUUUCCAUGGCCGCAGCAGGGCUUGGUUGGGAUGUGAAGCUGCUUGAUGGAUUGGGUUAUGAGGAUUUGGAGAAGCUAAUGGGGCUUGAAGGGUUCCCAAAAUUUCAAAUUCCCUCUCGACCUGUUAAAGGGCGGUUUCCCGAGAUGGAAUUUGAGCAUCCGGAUUGUAUUCUUGUGGUUUUUCCUGAUGGGGCUGGUGAAUUUGAUGUGAACUAUAAGCAAUUGAGUUUGGCAAUAUCUGAGUUUUCCAAAUUGGAGUGGAAGGGAAAGCCAAAUUUGCUUAGUAAAGAGCACAUUUGUUGGGAUAUAAUAUAUAGAACAGCAGAGGCUGUGAAAAAAGAGAUAAGUUUAGGUGAUACGUUUUUGGUUGAUCCAUUUCAGAGUAGUGGGAUUUGUAGUGAAGGUUCAUAUAAGGGUUUUACAGCUAGGGAAGUUGUCAGGAAGCGUAGGAGUGCAGUUGAUAUGGAUGGAGUUACUGCAAUGGAUAGAAACACAUUUUAUCAGAUUCUUUUGCAUUGUCUUCCUUCGGGUUCUCGACAUGGAGGGAAGCAGAAGAAGCCAUUGGCAUUGCCAUUUCGGGGUCUUCCAUGGGAUGCUGAGGUCCAUGCUGCUUUAUUUGUUCAUAGGGUGGAAGGGUUGCCACAGGGUUUAUAUUUCUUGGUUAGGAAUGAAGACCAUUUGGAUAAGCUCAAGAAAUCCAUGAGGUCAGGCUUUAAGUGGGUGAAGCCAGAGGGUUGCCCAGAAAAUCUUCCUCUGUAUGAACUUGAUAGAACUGACUGUCGUACUCUUGCUGAAAGGCUCUCGUGCCAUCAGGAAAUUGCAAGUCAUGGUUGCUUCAGUCUUGGUAUGGUGGCUUGUUUUGACCCUUUAUUGCAUGAUAAAAAUGUGUGGAUGUAUCCUCGACUGUUUUGGGAGACUGGAGUACUCGGGCAGGUGUUGUACCUUGAAGCGCAUGCAGUUGGCAUUUCUGCAACAGGAAUUGGUUGCUAUUUUGAUGAUCCUGUGCAUGAACUGCUUGGGUUGAAAGGAUCAAACUUCCAAAGUUUAUAUCACUUCACGGUGGGAGGUCCAGUCAUUGACAAGCGGAUUAUGAGCCUACCAGCAUAUCCUGGCCCUGAUGUUGAUGCGUAAUCGCAGGGUUUUAAUUACUCUUAGAUAUCCUUUUAAGGCUUAUACCAAAAUCCCCUUAAUUUUCAUGGAUGUAUAUACUAGAAGUUGCCUGCCAAUUAGUUUUUAGUUUGGUAGACAAGUACUUAUGUACCUCGUAUUCGUUAAAAAAAACUGCUGAGCAUUGUAAAUCUUUGAGAAGUUACAUUCAAUGGUUUUAGCCAUAUGGUUUUUAUUACAUGAGAUUCAAUUA